AUGAACGAAAAUCAAGUUGUUAUUUGUGCGCCCAGUUCGUGUACAACUGCUUCAAACCCAAAUUGCGGUCCAUCAUUUGAGGCAUCUAUUUGCCAUUCAGGUAUUUCAUCAGUUGCUGUUCCGAUUGCAUCUGGUUUCUCCUCAAGUGUUUUAUGUUCUUCUGCUGUAUCUAACGCUUCAAAUGCCUCGUCCGUCUUAUCAGCUUCUUCCUUGGGAUCCUUGCAAGGUUCUACUAACAACUUGAAUUUUGGUUUAUCCUCAUCUAGUCAAAAUAAUCCAAUAAUUUUACCAUCAUCUUCAUCGUCAUUGCUAGUUAAUCCUUCAAAUAAUGCAGCUCCUGGGAUUCGGUCGAUUCCUGCAAUUACUAGUACGUCUCUCGUUGUAAAUAACCUGGAGAAGUCAAGCUUGAAUAUUCCUAUGACAUGUCAGAAUGAGUUUCCAGGUGCGAACAUAACAAAUUCUAGCUUUCCGUAUGGGUCUGUCUUACCUUUGGAAUCAUCCGCAGUUUGUCAAAACCCUAGUUUUGUGAGUUUUCCAAACCAGAUAACCAGUAGUUCAAUGGAAAUAAUUCAUCCGACACAACAAAAUCUGUCGUCUUCCAUGUCGGUAUCGACAUCGAUUCCAUUACCUUUGCCACCUAGCAUCUUAAAUUGCAAUCCGUCGCAUUCAGAAAAUGUAAUGAGUUUUGAUUCAGAUUCCAGUGCUCGUUCACUUCCAAAUCCGACAUUACCACCUUACUUUCCUUUGAAUUUGAUGCCUAUCAGUGCUAAUGGUGACUUCCCCACGUCACAGAUAAAUUUCCCGGGAUUACCACCUGUCUUGCUUCAGGUUCUGCCACUACCUGGUGUUAAAAUGGGGAGAACUACACAAUAA